ACGCAACAACAGAGGAAGAAAAUGUGUGUGAUCAGCACCAAACAAGUAUUGAUCAAGAGGAACUAUGUUUUCUGUUUCGGGAUUCGGUUUAUUUGAUUAGGGCAAUAAUCAUGGACGGUGUGCUGCGUCAGCUGUGGCAGGAGAUACAUCUAACAAAUGUGUUUUCUGCUGCAAACCUCUUGGCCCUGACUGUGUUUGUGCUUGUUUUCUAUGUGCUGCAACGGUGUCAAAGCAAUACAAGAUACGCGAACAUCCCUCCGGGUCCAAAACCAUGGCCCGUCGUGGGCAACUUCGGGGGCUUCCUCGUGCCUUCGUUUAUUUUAAGACGAUUCGGACACAAUCCCGAAGAGUUGAGGAAAAGGGACGCAAACCCACUGUCGCCUCAAGCCGGACUAACGGAGAUGGCCAAAGUGUAUGGGAACAUCUUCAGUAUCUUUGUUGGACCUCAGCUCAUCGUGGUGCUGACGGGAUAUGACGCUGUUCGGGACGCACUGUCAAACCACGCGGACGCCUUUUCAGACAGACCAGAAAUACCCCUUAUAACUAUUAUAACGAAGAGGAAAGGGAUUGUGUUUGCACCCUACGGUCCCCUGUGGAGGACAAACCGUAAAUUCUGUCUCAGCACUCUCCGCAGCUUUGGCUUCGGUAAGCUGAGUCUGGAGCCAUGUAUUCAUGAAGGCCUGACCAUGAUUAAAACAGAGCUGCAGAGUCUAACUAAGAAAGCAGGGGCUUCUGGUGUCAAUCUAACCCCUCUAAUCAGCAAUGCUGUCUCCAACGUCAUCUCCUUAAUGAGUCUGGGGCAGCGUUUCCAUCACCAGGACCAGGAGUUUCGAACCAUGUUGGAUCUCAUGGCUCAUGGAUUGGAGAUUAGCGUCAGCAGCCCCAUUUUGCUGAUCAACAUCUUUCCCUGGCUCUACUACCUGCCCUGCGGUGUUUUCAAGGAGCUGCGGCGCGUGGAGCUUGAUAUCACAGCGUUCUUGAAGAAAAUCAUUGCGAGGCACAGGGCCACACUGGAUCCAGAGAAUCCCAGAGAUUUCAUAGAUAUGUAUCUGGUGGAGAUGCUGGCCCAGCAAGCGGCAGGUACAAGCUCAGAAAAGAGCAUGUUUUCUGAGGACGAUCUCUUCUACAUCAUUGGAGACCUCUUCAUUGCAGGCACUGAUACUACCACUAAUAGCGUGCUAUGGAGUAUACUGUAUAUGUGCUUGUAUCCUGAUGUGCAAGAAAAAGUUCAACAGGAGAUCGGUGGAGUGGUGGGGUCUGGGAGAGUCCCGUCUCUAGCAGACAAGGGCAGUUUGCCAUACACAGAAGCUACUAUCAUGGAAGUACAGAGAAUGACUGUAGUGGUACCACUGUCAAUACCCCACAUGGCUUCUGAAACUACAGAGUUCAGAGGUUACACCAUUCCUAAAGGCACCGUUAUCAUCCCAAACCUCUGGUCCGUACACAGAGAUCCCACUGUGUGGGAAAAUCCUGAUGAUUUUAAUCCAUCACGAUUCCUGGAUGAACAGGGAAAGCUGCUCAGGAAAGAUUGCUUUAUUCCAUUUGGCAUAGGUCGGAGGGUGUGUAUGGGAGAACAGCUGGCGAAGAUGGAGCUGUUUGUGAUGUUUAGCAGUCUGAUGCAGGCCUUCACAUUCAGGCUCCCGGAGGGGACACCUCCUCCACCCAUGAACGGACGGUUCGGUCUGACUCUGGCUCCAUGCCCAUUUACUGUUUGUGCGACAGCACGCUGAUCAGAUGACAGAUGUCAUUCCUGAAGCUCAGUGGCAUCUUUGGAAAGCAAAUUGCACCGGUUGACCAUAAAAAAAAAAAAAAAAAAGAGUAUGGACCAUAAACAAAAAGUAGCCAUUGGUAGUGUGAUGAAGCAAAAAGGGCUUGUAUUGUGUGUGCAACUGUUUGUUGCACAUUUGAGAUUAUUUUUUUUACAUUUAUUUUGUCUGAGAAUGACAUAAACUAAUGGAAAAAAAUAUAUAAUUAUUACAUUGGCAUAUAUCAGUUUAAUUAUAAACAUGUUAUGUUCAAAUAUAAAUUUCAUGUCCUGCAAAAUGCCUUCUUGACCAUUUCAGGUAUAAUCAUGUUAUUUUGUGGCAAUUAAUUGUGACCAUUUUUUUAUUAUUAUUAUUAUUUUUGGAUAAUAAUUCUUGGAGCAAUUAUUUUAAAAGAACACAUGCUUAAACAUUAUCAUGCUCUUAACACUUUACAAUAAGGUUGUAUUCCUUAACAUUAGUGCAAUUAGUUAACAUGAACUAACAAUGAACAUUAUUUGUACAGCACUUAUUGGUCUUGGUUAUGUUAAUUGUACAUAUACAAAUAUAUUUGUGCAUUAAAGAAAUAGUUUCGUAUAGAUCAAUAUUUAAGUCCUUUUUACUAUAAAUUCUUCUCCAUGCCCAGUAGGUGGCGAUAUGCAUGAAGAACACGACUCACCAAAAACAAAAGAAGUGAAAGUGGAGAUUGAUAGUAAAAAACGAUUUUAAUAUUGAUCUGUAUCUCACCCACACUUAUAUCACUUCUGAAGACAUUCAGAACCACAUUUAACCACUGGAGACAUAUGGAUUACAUUUAUGAUGCCUUUAUGUGCUUUUUGGAGCUUUUAAGUUUUGGUCACCAUCCACUUGCAUUAUAUGGACCAACAGAGCUGAGAUAUCCUUCUGAAAAGCUUUGUUUGUGAAGCAGAAGAAAGAAAGUCAUACACAUCUAGGAUGGCAUGAGGGUGAGCAAAUGAUGAGAGCAUUUUCAUUUUUGGGUGAACUAUCACUUUUAAAAGUUGCAUAUGUUAACAUUAGUUAAUGCAUCAUGAACUAACAAUGAACAAUGAUUUUUACAGCAUUUAUUAAUCUUGGUCAGUGUGUGCAUUAACUAAUGUAAAUGAAUUGGACUUUACUGUAAAGUGUUACAAAAUAAUGUUAUGAUUUAAAAUAGAUAUUUCUUGUUCUGUACCAUUUCACUUACAACUGUUAUAAUUAUAUUAUUUUGUGACUUUGUUUUUAAUUAUUGCAUUAUAAUUAUUAGAGCAAUUAUUUCAAAAUGCAAGAACACAUACUUACCGAUAAGUAUUAUGAUAGCAUUCGGCAUAUAUUAAUGUCACUAUAAAAAUAUAAUAAUUAUCUUAUGAUCUGAUGAAACAGUACAGUUUUGCUGUAAUAGUUGUAAUAUUGUAAUAAAUUAUUUGAAAUGACACAAUGAAUUUGAUUUCCCUCAUCCAUGUG